AGCUGGUUGCUUUAUUUUUUUAAGUUAACUCAACUUUUUAUUUUUUACAGUGUAGGACUUCCACUGAUUAUAGUGGCUCUGUGGAAGAAAAAGAAGAAUAAAGGUCUGCUGUCGUCCUCAAUCACAGAGUUUAAUCCAGUGUUAUAUGAACAGAUGAAAGACGCUGGACGUCACUGUAAUCCAGAGGAAAGAGACACAGAAACAUCUGUAGUUUACAGCUGUGUUUCCUAAACUUGUGUCAAGUACUCCGUCAACAGCACAAAUGACCUCAUUUCAACUAAUAUAAUAUAAUAUAACGUACAAUUCAAACCAUGUUAUUCUGGAUUGUCCGUGCAUUUUUAUAUUUAUUUAUUAUUAUUCUUUUUUUUUUAUUGUUGAAUGUCUGUUAAUGUAUGCUGUCUAGCAUGUCCUUGUUGGAUGUUGAGCUCAAGGUUUGUGUGGUUAGUUUGAUCUGUUCGCUCCUGCUGGUAGAUGCUGUAUUUGCACCGAUCUGCUGCUGAAGUCGAGUCGAUCUAUCACAGUAUCGAUCAAAUGACUGACUGAACAAUAACUGCUCAUCAACAGCACAUCUAAAUCACUUUUUGAUUUAGACUUUUGUAUUAAUGCAUAUGCUUUGAAAACCAUGAAUGGUAGUCCUAGACAGCAGUCAGGACAAAAAUAAGAUCUCUUAAAACCUUACAGAUACUCCAAAAGUGUAUAUAACAUCUUCUAUAAUUCAGUAUAAAUAAAUAUUUACAAUUUAAAUGUUGCAAAUGGAGAAAAAUGUCAGUCAACAUGGUUUGAAAGGCUGUAAGAAAGAUGCUCUUUGCAGCCAGAUGUAGUUACAACAUCUACCAGCAGGAGCUGAAAUAAACCUCACUAACCAGCUAAACUUCAACCGCUUGAUAAGAAGCAGCUUCACUUCAGACUCUGUGUCACUUUGUCAGCAUCUUGUUCUGUCUUCAUGCUCAGUAAUGCAGUAAAGAUGUAUGGAAGUGUAAUGUGUUGCUUUAGUUUUUUCACUAUUAUAUUUUCAAAUGUUGUUCAUCAGAGUUCAGUUCAGUGUGGAGAGAGAUCAGAUGCUGAAACCCUUCAGUCACAUUGAAGAAAACUUACUGUGUCUUUAUUAUUAAAGAGUCUUACUUUCUCAAUAUUUUUCUUCACACAGAAAGGAUUGUGUUGAAAUAAAGCAUCUGCUUGGUAAGGUCUUUUGUGGAGCUGCUGUCCGUCACUCGUGUAUCUGUCAGACUGAUGUGACCGUAAGAAUGAGCUUCUCAGCAACAGUCUCUGUGUUUCUGCUGAUUGUGAGCAGUUCAGUGUGUGAGGAGAUUACAGCGAGAGGAACAGAAGGAGAACAAGUGGCUAUUAAGUGUCCUUAUGCUAAAGGAUAUGAAAACUCCAACAAAUACUUCCAUAAAGGACCUUACAAAGAUAAUAAUCUUAUACUAAAAUCUGAUGGAGGAGAGUCAGUGUCUGACGGCAGAUUCUCUCUGCGGGACGAUCAUCAGACGAGUUCAUUUACGGUGACCAUCAGAAACCUGAGGAUGGCAGAUGCUGGACUGUACAGCUGUGGAGCUGGAUGGGGAGACUAUAAACUAAUCCAGCUGAAUGUGAUUAAAGCUCCACAGAAAACAAGGCCUGUCCAGAUCUCAACAUUCGCCCUCCAUCCAGAUCAAACUACGAGCUCAUUUUCAAACACGCCGCCUCAUUCGAGCUCAUCAGACAUGAAGCCUCAAUCCAGCACCAUCACAAUCACAGAUCAUCACAUCUCCUCACCAGGUUCAUUUGUGAUUAUCGUCACUGCAGAGGUUUUGGUUUUACUCCUGAUAGGACUUACACUGAUUAUAGUGGCUCUGUGGAAGAAAAAGAAGAAUAAAGGUCUGCUGUCGUCCUCCAUCGAAGAGUUUAAUCCAGUGAUUUAUGAACAGAUGAAAGACGCUGGACGUCACUGUAAUCCAGAGGACAGAGACACAGAAACAUCUGUAGUUUACAGCUGUGUUUCCUAAACUUGUGUCUUAUGAGUCCCUACAGACCCAUCAGUGAGACUCAAGCAUCUCUUUAUCAACACAACAACACAAAUGAGUUCAAUUUAACUAAUAUAAUAUAACAUCAUAUUUAAUAUGAUACUAAAUAUGUACAGUUUGGCAAGCACCACUAAUAUAUUGCAUUUAUGAGCAUGUUGAGAACCAAGAGAAAUCAUCUUCACCUUUCACAUAAUUUUCAUGAUUUUACUGAAAAUCAGUCAUAAUUGAGCUAAUUUUGUUCGCUUUACUCACAAUCUUUUUUUAUUAUGUUUAUUGUUGUUGUUACAAUUGUUCAUUGCAUGUUUAAAUCUGACAUGCACAAAUAUGGAUAAUUUGAAUUUAAUAAUUUCUGAAGUUCAGUCUCAUGAGUUACUGCAAUCUGCAGCUUAAUGGACAAAUUAAACCAUGUUAUUCUGGAUUGCAAGUGUAUUUUGAUAUGUAUUUAAUUUUAUUGUAGUAUGUCUAUCCUUGUAUUAAUAUAUAGCAUUUCCUUGUUGUAUGUUGAGCUCAAGGUUUGUGUGGAUAGUUUGAUCUGUUCACUCCUGCUGGUAGAUGCUGUAACUGCACCGAUCUGCUGCCAAAGAGCAUCUUUCUCCAUUGAUGGACAUUCAAACGUAGCUGUUUAUUCUGAUAAAUCCUUGCAAGCAACAUAUAAUGGAGGCUCCUAAUGACAUUGUGAUGUGAAUACUAAAAUCCUGAGUGAUAAAUUAACACUGUUUGGAGUAGGAUUUUACUGUGUACUAACAAUUAUUAGCUUUAUGAAAAUAUGACUAGGUCCUUUUGCUUUGUUUAAACAUGAGAUGUCUGCAGCAGUUUCUUACCAAACAGGAAGUUCAACCACCGCCACAGGAAGAGGCUUCAGCUAAACACACAAACUCAAGGGCAGGACAUAAUCCCCCCCAUAAAUAUUGUUAAUGUUCAUAAUGACUUUAUUCUAGGCAGGAAGAUUGUGUAUCUUUCCGGACAACGUUUGUCCCUCUGUCUGUAUCUUAUAAUAUCCAUAAUAAUAUCCAUAGUUCACACUUUCUCUUUCCAUUUGCUCUGUUUUGUCAAACACUGUACUUCAAUUAUAUGAAAAGUUAAUGAAUGAAAUGUUUUAGAUCCAGUCUUCACCAUCUCUCUCUGUCAGGACGUGCCAGAUUUUGGUCUGAUAUUCAAAGCUAACACCUUGGCAUGUUAACUCACACCCCCGGGUUUCACAGACAAGGCUUAAGCUAGUCCCAGACUAAAAUGCAUGUCUGAGUUGUCUCAACUGAAAAUAUCUUGCUCUGACAUAUCUUAAAAUAUGUCAGUGUCAUUGUUCUGUGUAAAGAUGCACACCUUAAUGUUUUCUUCCAAGGCAUUUUCUUUGUAAAAGUUGCUUAAAUAUCUUAAUUUAACUAAAGCUUAGUCCUGCCUUUAAGCUAAGCCCCGUUUGUGAAACCAGGCCUUAUAUUUUUAGAAGAGAUACAGAUACAGAAAGAGCAGGAAGCAUGAGAUAAAGUGAUAGAAUAACUGAAUAAAAUUGACUGAAUAAUC